CUGGUGCUUAAAAUUAUUGCAAGAGCUAUAUGAGGUUAUUUAUGAUACCCGUAUUAGGCGCUUUCAGUAGUCUCUGAGCAUGAACGUUGUCGAUAUUAGAUUGCGAGUCCAAGCGUCAUGAUUCUCCUAGUGGCCAAUCGGCCGUAGAAAAUUCACAGUCUCCAAAGUGUGCGAGUCCCAUUUUUCCUACAACGGCUCUCUUGCUAUGCAACAAGAGGAUAUUGAUCAUCCCCCGCUCAGAGUAGCGUUUAUCCACCCUGAUCUCGGCAUUGGUGGCGCCGAACGUCUUUUUGUCGAUGCGGCUGUAGGCGUGCAAUCGAGAGGCCAUCAAGUCAAAUUGUAUACCAGUCAUCAUGAUCCCAAUCAUUGUUUCGAAGAAACGCGGGAUGGCACAUUCAGUGUUCAAGUGCUCGGCGACUGGAUUCCUCGUAAUUUAUUCGGAAAAUUUUAUAUAUUUUGUGCCAUUGCUCGUCAAUUGGCGUUAACGAUAUCGCUAUUACGUUCCAACAAGGACGAAUUUGAUAUCUAUUUUGUGGAUCAGCUGAGCGCAUGUAUUCCUCUUCUUCGUUGGUUUAGCAAUGGACGGGUGCUCUUUUACUGCCACUUUCCAGAUAAACUUUUGGCAACACGUGGAUCGCUUGCCAAAUCGAUCUAUCGCUAUCCCUUUGAUAAGUUUGAGGAAUGGACAACAGGUCUGGCAGAUACCCUGGUGGUCAAUAGUGAAUUCACCGGACGUGUGUUCCGACGCUCUUUCCCAAGUAUUCUCAAGAAACCUCGUGUGCUUUAUCCACCCAUCAACUUUAAAACCUAUGAUCGUCCAGUGGACAUGAAUGAUCCGACCGUACAGAUACUUCAAUCAUCCAAGCAUACUCUUGUGUCGAUCAAUCGUUUCGAACGAAAGAAAAAUGUGGAAUUGGCAUUAAGAGCUUUUGCAGCCUUGAAAACAGAGUGCAUGGUGUCAGAGGAAACGUUCAAUAACCAUCGUCUUGUUCUUGCGGGUGGCUAUGAUCGCCGUGUGACGGAAAACGUGGAAUAUUUACAAGAACUAGAUCAACUUGCUUCUACAUUUGGUCUCAAGACAUUUACCAUUCAACCCGGGACUUUAGAAUCCCCGCCCAGUGAUACGCAGGUGGUCUUUCUCUGUUCGUUCAACGACGCGCAGCGUAACUAUUUAUUAUCGCAAUCUCUGUUACUACUCUACACACCGUCGAAUGAGCAUUUCGGUAUUACGCCAGUGGAAGGCAUGUAUGCCAAAGUUCCUGUCAUUGCAGUCAAUAACGGUGGUCCAUUGGAAACGGUCAAACACGAAGACACUGGAUUAUUGCUCCCUCCGGAUCCUCACGUAUGGGCUGAAGGAAUUCAGAAAUUCGUUCAGGGCACCCUGGAUGGACCGGCCAUGGGUGCGCGUGGCCGGACCCAUGUUCAGUCUAAAUUUGGUUUGGAAGCAUUUGCGGAUCAAUUAGAAGAUAUUUUGGAAGAGCUUAUGAGCGGCGGACGCCCAACUCAUUAUCGUUAUGAUAAUACCGAAUAUAUCAUGCGCAUAGUAAUGGCGGUAGUCAUUUUCAUCGCUUGGUAUAAAUAUUGGUUCUAAGAUUACUUGUUCUUAAAGUUGUUUUCAGAAUCAAAAGAUAACAAUAAAGGAGGAA